CGGGAAUUUUACAGUACCAUACAUAGAACUGCUUCCGGUUAUUUUGAACAGGUUGUUGCUGACAUUUACCUAAAUAUUACUAUUGUGAGUCACUGCAGUUGUCCAUGAACUAAAAUAGUAUUCUAUAAACGGAAUGCCAAUGUAGAAUAUGCCCCCAGGUGUCCAGUAUAAAAACAGCAAUGUCUCUAGCAAGCCAUAUGCUUACACAGCAGAUGCAAGCCAUAACACAACAGACAUAUUGAGGACAGUAAGAGAACAGGAAGCACAGUUUGAGAGACUCACUAGAGAAUUAGAAAGUGAGAGGGAAAAAGUAGUGCACAAACUUCAUCAG